AUGGACUACAACGACAGAGAUUUGGGCCAACCUUUCACCAUCCCUGAUCUGUGGGCACCCUCUCAGGUCCAUUCUAGAGAAAGUCAAACUGGCGGGAUACUUUUCUCUCAACACCAUUUCGAUGAUAUUGAUUUAACACUGCCAGAUGUCUCGGAAUCAGCGCAUCUACACGAUGACUUCUUUAGAAUACCUCAACUAGACUUGAACAUCCCGACAAGUGAACCACUACUACCUAAGACACCCGCGCAGCAAAAUGACCUUCUGCAUGUAGCCACGGAAGAGCCGACUGGAUACGGUGACAUAUGGCUGCUGCCCGAAGAGACUCCUUUGGAAGAGGCGAAUUUUAAAAGUUGGGAUGUGUUUGUCAAUGAGAGUGUUCAAGAACGGCAAACGCCGUACAUCACGGAGCUUGACCGAGCCACGUUCGAUGCCGCCCUCGUCGACAAAACAGACCUCUUGCGAGUCAACAACAGCCAGCAUGUAGUCGUUGAUAGCAGAACUUAUACAGUAUCUCUGCUCGCACUCGGCCUAGGACGAAGCUCCGUGAUAUUCGCUUGGAAUGAGGAAAAGCAAACUUUCAUCUCUGCCUUUCCCGAAAUGAGAAUAUCUGGUUUUACUGGCGAGUCCAUGGAUGCUCUGUUGACAAUGUUUAUGGAUUGCGGCAAUAUCACCAAGUCCCUCCAGCGGUUUAUCCACCAAGCUUACACUGAGGGCGUUUCCCCUAGCCGGGUUGCCUUGGCGGAUACCGUGUCAACAUUGUUAUCGACAAUACAAGCCCGCUUGAGUGCUAGCAGUUCCAUGCAAAAUAGUCUUCUACAACUUCAAAGCUUAUUUAGCCCAACCCAUUCGAUCCUGCAAUGUUUUCAACAGAUCAUCGACCACAUUUCCACUACACGAAACGACGAAUCGAUGUUAUCCACAAUCUAUGAAGAGAUACAACUGCUAGAUCAUAGGACUGAUUCAAUGAAAGAAAUUCUUUUAGAAGUAUUGGCUCGCGUAUCACGCCCAUGGCUCAACUUCUGUGGUGAGUGGCUUGGCAUUCAACGGGAGACAGAGCUGGGCUUGACGAUGAAUGGACCAGGCAAAAGCUUCGUGAGUGUAGAAAACAAGGAAUGGGUGGAUGAACAAGGGAUGGAGCUCGACAAGCCGGAAUUUGUUUUGAACUUUGACAAAAUUCCAUCUUUCAUCACUCCUGAAGAUGCGAGAGUGAUGUUUGAAGUGGGCAGGAGCCUCCGAUAUUUGAGGGAACACCACUCUGAUCAUCCACUUGCUAGGCCUGAUGUGGUAGCUGCUGCUUCACCCCCAAAGUUGGAUUGGCGUUUCUCUUGGGACGAUAUCCUGGAGACUGAAGCAAAGGCGACGCAAUAUGAAACAGAUUUGCUAGAGGCAGUUCGAGUUUUCACGAGCGCCGAUACAAAACCAAAAUCAAGUGAAACUCCACUUGAGGCCUCAAACGAAGAAAUAUGUCCAUUGGGCUUCUUUGGAAAGACAGAGGCGGACAUGCAAGCACGCCUGUUAGCUUCGAUAGAUGUCUUGAACGAGUCUACACGUUUUGCCACCCUUCCUGACGCUCUAUCAACUGGACUAAACGAUUUUCUGCUAACAGUCCCCGGUUCGCGUCAAAUCGGGGAUCAGCCAUCUCUUUCGGCCCCAGUUUCUCUGCUUCCUCUCCUGUCAUUCAACCACAUCAUAUCAGCACAAGCCCGAAUUGUGAACGGAACAUGCAUGCGCAUGUUCUUCAAGAACCACAACCUGCGGGAACAUCUGGACCUGCAACACAGUUUUCACUUGCUCGGAAACGGAGUGUUCUCGAGUAAGCUGUCACAUGCGUUAUUUGAUCCAGAGUUAGAAACUGCGGAAAGACAAAGGGGAAUUGCUCGCUCUGGGGGUAUCAUGGGGCUUCGCCUUGGAGAGAGAGACAACUGGCCACCUGCCAGCUCAGAACUUCAAUUAGCAUUGAUGGGAUUGUUGGCUGAAAGUCACAUCUCUAGAUCCAAUCAGUCAAGCUCCGGUGGUUCCACAUUCCUUGCUCAAAGCCUACCCGGCGACUUGAGCUUUGCUGUCAGGGACAUGUCAGAGGACCAAAUCGAGAAGUGUAUGAACCCGAACUCGGUCGAAGCACUCGAUUUCCUACGACUCUCCUACAAACCGCCCCAGCCUCUUGACGCGGUCAUCACUCCUGUGAUAUUGUACAAAUAUGACCAGAUAUUCAAAUUACUCUUACGUCUUAUUCGCAUGCUUUAUGUCGUCUCCGCUCUCUUCCAACAUGCAACGACUAGGUGUUCCCGUCUCCGAGGGCUUGAUGGGAUGGCUCAACGAUUUAGAAUCGAGGCUCAGCAGUUUGUUUCUAGUGUAUGCGGGUAUUUCUUCGAUACUGGCAUUGCAGCAACCUGGCAAGUAUUUCAACGCAAAUUAGACCAGGUUGAAGAACGAUUCAACACUGAUAACCACAACUUUUCACUCGGACAGGACGAGGGCAUUGACAAAUUAAGAGACUAUCACGAGAAGGUAGUUGACAGAAUCAUGUUUGUGCUACUGUUAAGAAAGCGUCAGCAGCCAGUAAUGAAGCUCCUUGAGGAGAUAUUUACUUUGAUUCUUCAGUUUUCUGAACGUUCACGACAACUGGGACUCGAAGUUGGUGGAGCGCCGGACAAGCAGGUUGGCGAGUUAUACGCCAAGUUCCAGAGGAAAGUCGGCGUCUUCAUCACGGUCUGCAAGAGUCUCAGUGAAAAGGCCGGGUACGGGGAGAAGACGCUGGCCGGCAAGCACACUCCUACCACUCUUGGCUUGUUUAACCUUGAUGAUUUGGCAGAGGAGAACACUAUCUGCCAAUUACUCUUAAGAUUAGAGAUGAACCAUUAUUACGGUAAGACAGUGAACGUUUGA